GUGUAAUGAUGCUACCAGACCUAACAGACCUGUAGUCACAAAUCACACAAUGGACGUGACAAAGUUGGAGCUCUCACAGCUCUAUGGCAAUCAUCACAGUGACAGCAAUGGCCUGGCUAAUAUCAUGCCGACCCAGCCACGUGCUACCUCCAUUUCCGCUUCCGACUCUGAUUCUGAAGAAGACCACCGAGAUGGCGCCAGGAAACGGAAGAGGCCUAUGAAUGUCACCUGCGAAGCUUGUAAGCAAAGGAAGGUCAAGUGUGAUCGCACACAGCCCUCUUGUGGCUGGUGUAUGCGCAAUGAUCAUCCGUGUGAGUAUAGAGAGAGGAAGAAGCCUGGCCUUCGUGCUGGAUAUGGGCGUGAGCUCGAGGGUCGGCUUGAUCGACUAGAGACUCUCCUACAGGAACAGGGUCGUCAAUUAGCAGCCCAUCUGGCAGACGCAUGCACCAUCACGUCCGCUCCAGCGGUCAAUUCAGCCAUGCCAAGGUCUAGCGUCCAAGGCAUCACACCAGAGGCCCAACCGAGAGCCUCCUUUGAUGCUCAGUCCUCCGCCUUUGCAAACGAGACACCGUAUCAACAGCCGAUGAUCGAUCCAAAUUUACGCCCUUCAGCCUCCCGCCAUGGAUCUUUACAGUUUCCUCCAGGUCAGCAGGGGCUAUCUGAACAGCAGAUGCCUCAGCCACCAAGUCAUUAUACUCCAUCCGUGCAUUCGCAUCCCAUCACUUCACCUCAUUCAACAACUGGGUAUCAGGGGACGCAGGUGUUCAACGAGCAUGCUGCGAUGCUACCUCCCUAUGAUCUUUUAUACGCCCUAGUCGACCUGUAUUUCAAGCAUGUCAAUAAUUGGCUGCCAUUGCUGGACAGGAAGACCACUCUUGACACCCUCUUCGGACCUUCAUCGUUGGACGAGGCUGACCGGGUCCUGCUGCACGCCAUCGUCGCGACAACUUUGCGCUUUUCCCAAGAUCCUCGCCUGACACCGGAGAGUCGUCAACAUUAUCAUGAUACGUCCAAGCAACGCGUUCAAUUGUUCGGUCUUGAGAACUCGAAUGUCAGGGCACUUCAGGCGCUCGUCAUUCUGGCUCUGGACGUGACCGGCACGACGAAUGGUCCGCCCGCCUGGAAUCUGCUAGCACUAAUUAGCAGAAGCAUGGUUCAGUUGGGUCUUGCCGUUGAAUCGAGUUCAAGCCUUGCAUCACCUAUGUAUCCAUCCAUCGCCACCUUGCGGGCAUCAGUUCUGCCAGAAGCUAAAAGUUGGAUUGAAGACGAAGAACGGCGCAGGCUGUUCUGGGCAGUCUACCUUCUCGACCGAUAUGCCACGAUAGCUACCGCAUUUGAGUUCGCUCUUGACGAGAAAGAGGUCGAUCGCCGGUUGCCCUGUCGAGAUGACCUGUUUGCAGCCAAUAAACCCGUGGAGACCAGGUGGUUUCGCCCUCCGGAGCGGCCUCGAUACACCACGGGAGUGGUCGAUACUCAUGGCCACUUCUCCUACCAUUGCGAACUGAUGGCUAUUCUGGGACACAUCCACCAGUUCCUGAAGCGUCCCAUCGAUAUUGGCUCUUUGUCCGAUGUAGAGCAAUGGCAAGGCUCAUACCGUGCGUUGGAUAGCGACCUAAAUGCGUGGCAUUUUAGUUUGCCUGACGAGUUCGCCAAUAUAACUCGCCUGCUCAAGUCGGGAACGCCUGCUAAAAAUACCAAUUGCGGCUGGAUCAUGCUACAUGCAGCCUACUGUUUGACGGUCAUUCGGCUGAAUUCCUCCGCGGCAUACCCCAGCCAGACCUCACCGAUAUUCUCCUCAUCCUACAGUGCCAUGCAGCGGUGCCUGUCGGCAGUCGAGAACUUGCGUCAACUAUGCCGCUUCGUUAAGCUCAGUGGCCUGCUUGACAAACUUGGGCCCCCAUUUGCCUUCGCCAUCUGGGUGGGCUCUCGUGUUAUGCUAGUACAUGGGUCCACGAUGGAUCAUGAAGUGGACCCCGACAUCGACUUCUUCGUGACCACUCUGUCCGAAAUGGGCGAGCAUUGGCUCGUGGCCAAAAGGUAUAGUGAGAUCCUUCACAGAGUUCUAGGGGAGUAUCGACAGUCGCAGCGGGCAAGUGGGGUGACGGGGGAGAUACUGACGCCGUCGACGGUGAAGAUCCUUGCCGACAUGCGCCGAUGUGCCUAUGAUCUCGACUUCCUGAUUUCCCGCCAGCCACAUGCCGCUGCGGUCAAGUCAUAUCAUCCUACUCGGGCCAAUACGCCAGCCCAAAACGAACUCGAGUAUCUGGAUGUAUUCGAUCUAUUCAACUUCCCACGUUUGCCGAUGACCCAUGAAGGCUUGGACAAUGGAACGGGACAGGGGCUUGGCCAAGGUGCCCCCGCAGACCUUGGGGCGGUGAAUACGUCCAUGAUUCCGAAUUUUGCGGUACCCAACCCUGAAGCCGAUUGGCUGUUCCACAAUGGUUAGAAGGAUCAUGUUGCGGCGAGGCAAGCUCGUGAUCUGAUAGACCUAGAAGUGGUGGGAAGGAUAUGCGUCGAUUCACGAACGAGCACGCCCGGCUCUUGCACCUCGGGGACUGGGGGGUCAGAGAUUACACGAUGAAGUCUCCUAAGGGCGUUGCCAGGAAUCACCGCAGGGGCUCGUGCUCAGUCGUGUUAGAGAUAACAUACCACGAGUCUACUAUGUAGGGUGUAAUCAGCGUCAUAAUGAGCGUAUCAGAGCAUCGAGGCGGUAGCGAAGUCAGCCUUGCCCUAUCCGAAAAGAGUGAAUGCG